AUGGUGACCACGGAGAGAGAUUACGUGCGUUCCCUCCGCUACAUCAUCGAGCACUACUUCCCCGAGAUGGAGAGAGGAGACCUCCCGCAGGACCUCAGGGGAAAACGGAGCGUCAUCUUUGGGAACCUGGAGAAACUAAUGGACUUCCACAGCCAGUACUUCCUCAAGGGAGUGGAGUUAGAGGCAGAUCUAGGUUUUUUCAAACCCUUAAGCUUAAACUAUGGGUUUAGUUUUUAGUUAGUUAACUCAAUACUAUUACAAUCCACUUCAAAUAAAUUCAUACUCUACUUACCCUAAGACAUAGUUCCUUCAAACAUAGGAUAUUUCAUUUUACAGGUAUUUAAAAUGUUAAGGGGAAAAAUUUUUCAACAAGGAGGUUCUUAAAACUUUCUUAAAUAGAAUUAAAUUCUAACGGUACGUUCUACCACCAUCCCUGUGAAACCUAACCAAAUUCAAUUUUUUCCAUUUCCUUAAUCCCCGGGAAAAAGGGGAUUAAAACAAACUUAUCGAGGAAAGAGAAAUAUGAAAAAAUAUGUUAAAAACUAUAUUAUGUUAAAUUUUAGGAAGACAAAAAGGAAUUUGGAAAUGGGGAAAAAAAAUAAGAGAUAGAUAAAAAAUGAUAAAAAAAAAAAAGAAGAUAUGAAAACCCCAAUCGAAAUUUUCUGUCCUCUUAUUUCUUUUUCAUGCUAUCGUCCUCUUCCUAAGCGGGGUUAGGGUUUCUAAUCCAUUCCUCUUCAUCUCUCCUUUUCUUUUCUCUCUCUCUAUGCUCUCUCUCCUAUCCUCUCUUCUCUCAUCUCUCUCUCUUCACUGGGUUUUUCUCACCCCUUGUUUCUUAAAUCUUUUCCCUUAAACACCAUUCCCCUAAAGGUGUAACAAGUGUUUUAAUUUUCCCAAAAUUUUUUCCCCCUUCUGUUUAAUUACGAUAGAUCACUAAUGGUUGAAUAAAGUUAUUAAACUACAAUACCUAUAGAGUCUCACACUGCUUCCUACCACACGUAAGAGACUUCAUACCUCUUACUCUGUAGCCUAAUGACAGUAUGUUCCUCAAACAGUAGAGGAUAUCCACUUCUGUUACAGCCGAAUGACAAUGUGUUACUGAGGUAACAUGACUGGUGAUUAGAGUUCAACUUUGUCCUGAGGGAGGCGCUUUUACCUUCAACUACCAACCCAGCUGUGAAAAAUACUGAAAUACUGACUCUACAAUGCAGCCACUAAUUCUCUAGCUGGUUACAUGUGUCACAACCUAUCUACACACUCCACUACAACCCCACUCUCUUCUAUGCUAUCAUCUGUACUGUACCCUGCUCGGCGCAAGAUCUGAGAGCGGAGAUGAGAGCAGCGAGGAGGACAAAACGCGGAAGUAAAGCGAAGACAAGAAGAUGAGAGAUGAGGGAAAUAGCGAUGUAAGAGAGAGAGCGGAGAGGAGAGAGGAGAGAGGCGAGAACGAGGAGAGAGAGUUAUAUCGAAAGAUAUAGUGAGAUAUGAGUAGUAUUCAAGCAGAGAGUAUAAAUCACUAUACUCGUAAUGCUCAUACGAGAUUAUUAGAGAGGAGGGAGCUUAUGACGGGGCUAUCUGAUAUAGUAUGGCUCAUAUUAUAGAGACGCGCGUAGAGCUCUCUUAUCUACUAUUAGCUCUCAUCUCUCGAUAUCCUAUCUCUCUCUCUCUCCUUCUCUCUCUCUCUCUCUCAGCUCUCUCUCUCUCUCUCCCUCUCUCUCUCUUCCUCUCUCCUCUCCUCUCUCUCCUACUCCUCGUAAUAACUGUGGUCGUUCUCAGACCCCUUGGUUUGAUUUAAACAUCCUGAUUUUCCACCCUUCAAACAGCAGCUGAAGAAUAGGCCUCUAUCCCAGGCUUAUAACAGGGAGACUUAAGGUUGCGUCCCAAAUGGCACCCUAUAUUCCCUAUGUAGUGCACUUCUUUUGACCAGAGCCUUAUGGGCAUUGGUCAAAUUAGUGCACUAAAUAGGGAAUAGAGUGUCAGUUGGGAUGCAGCCCAAAGUGGACACAUUCCUCCUGGCUAUAAAAGUCUGGGAGAGAUACUGCACUCUGUAUGAAUAUAAAAAGCAACCAAGCAAUUUGACGUAUCGCCAGAAUUUCUCGCCGAAUAAAAACCCGAACUGGUGGAGAAAUGGAAAGUCCACGUUUCCUGUUGGUACAGGGCAUGUUUACAGAACAAGAGGGUUUUCUGUUUUCUCUCAGUAGAAUGAUUUGUUUUGUUCCCCAUGUAAUCCACAGCAGGACGCGUUUGGCCUGUACGCUCUGUACAGUAAGAACAAGCCCAGGUCUGAUACGCUGUUGGCCAGCCACGGAAACAGCUUCUUCAGGGUGAGGAAGAACACACGAACAUACAUACAUGUGCUAUGCUUCAGACCUUACAGACAACUAGCUGUGGCUUUUUGCACCUAACUGUCUACCUGUAUAACCUUUGACCUCUAACCUCUUUUAGAACAAGCAGCUGGAGCUGGGAGAUAAGAUGGACCUGGCCUCCUACCUGUUAAAGCCCAUCCAGAGAAUGUCUAAAUACGCUCUACUCCUGAAGGACCUGAUCAAGGAGGUGAGCGAGGCACAGGAGACAGAGCUGGCCUACCUUCAGGCCGCUGCAGAGAUGGUCAAGUUCCAGCUGCGUCACGGCAACGACCUGCUCGCCAUGGACGCCAUCCGAGACUGUGACGUGAGUGACACCUUCAGCCUGAGAGAUAUCAUGUCUUCUUUGACCCUCACAGAAAACACAGGGGCACCAGUUAUGGUACAACAGUGGAGGCUGCUGAGGGGAGGACGGCUCAUAAUAAUGGCUGGAACGGAGCGAAUGGAAUGGCAUCAUGGAAACCAUGGAAACCAUGUGUUGGAUGAAUUUGAUACCAUUCCACUUAUUCCACUCCAGCCAUUACCACGAGCCCAUCCUUAUUCCACUCCAGCCAUUACCACGAGCCCAUCCUUAUUCCACUCCAGCCAUUACCACGAGCCCAUCCUAUUCCCUCCAGCCAUUACCACGAGCCCAUCCUUAUUCCACUCCAGCCAUUACCACGAGCCCAUCCUUAUUCCACUCCAGCCAUUACCACGAGCCCAUCCUUAUUCCACUCCAGCCAUUACCACGAGCCCAUCCUUAUUCCACUCCAGCCAUUACCACGAGCCCAUCCUUAUUCCACUCCAGCCAUUACCACGAGCCCAUCCUUAUUCCACUCCAGCCAUUACCACGAGCCCAUCCUUAUUCCACUCCAGCCAUUACCACGAGCCCAUCUUAUUCCACUCCAGCCAUUACACGAGCCCAUCUUAUUCCACUCCAGCCAUUACCACGAGCCCAUCUUUCCACUCCAGCCAUGACACCGAGCCCAUGCCUUAUUCACUCCAGCCAUUACCAGAGCCAUCUUAUCACACUCCGCAUUUAACACGAGCCAUCCUUGAUUCCACUCAGCCUUUACCACGAGGACCAUCCUUAUUCACUACCAGCCCUGAGAAUAGGCACUUGGGAGCGAUGCAAUGCACUUUUCAAGUCGAUGAACUUUACCACUGAGCCGUCUAUUCUCUUUCCACCCAGGCCAUUGAAGAGCAGCGGUCCAGUUAGUCCGAACCAGAGAUCUGGGUAUGGUCACGUGCAGGAUUAUCAGAGCGUCCUUAUGCUUUCUUCCGAGUGAUGUAUUCCUCAGGCAACCACGGCCCACCUUAUUCCAUAAACCAUUACGCACGAAGAGGCACAUGGACGUUUAAUUCAUCUCAAACACCAUUAAGGGGGCCCUCAUCCUUACAAACCUGCAUUUAAGGUAGGCCCUCCUUAUUACAAACCCUCCUUAGGUAGGUCCCUCCAUAUCUACAAACCCUCAUUUAAGGAGGGCCUCCAUAUCUACAAACCUCCUUUAAGGUAUGGGCAGCACAAUCUACAAACCCUCCUUUAAGGUAGAGGUACCACCAUGAUACUUAAACCUUCUUUAAGGUAGGCCCUCCUUUAACACACCCUCAUUAAGGUAGGGCCCUCAUACUCAAACCCCUCUUGAAGGUAUGGGCUCAUCUACAACCUCCUUUAAGGUGGGCCCCCAACUACAAACCCUCCUUAAGGUAGGCCUCCAUUACAAACCUCCUUUAAGUUGGGCCUCCAUAUCUACAACCUCCUUUAAGUGGGCCUCAUAUCUACAAACCCUCCUUUAGGUUGGGCCCUCCAUAUCUACAAACCUCCUUUAAGGUUGGGCCCUCCAUAUCUACAAACCCUCCUUUAAGGUAGGGCCCUCCAUAUCUACAAACCCUCCUUUAAGGUAGGGCCCUCCAUAUCUACAAACCCUCCUUUAAGGUUGGGCCCUCCAUAUCUACAAACCCUCCUUUAAGGUUGGGCCCUCCAUAUCUACAAACCCUCCUUUAAGGUAGGACCCUCCAUAUCUACAAACCCUCCUUUAAGGUCUCCUAUAAACAUUAUUUUCAGUUGGUGUUGCACCAAAACAGAAUAAGCACGGUGAGAUACUGUGGUCAGUUGUAGUGGUGACAGGGAUGUGGUUAUACUGUGGUCAGUUGUAGUGGUGACAGGGAUGUGGUUAUACUGUGGUCAGUUGUAGUAGUGACAGGGAUGUGGUUAUACUGUGGUCAGUUGUAGUAGUGACAGGGAUGUGGUUAUACUGUGGUCAGUUGUAGUGGUGACAGGGAUGUGGUUAUACUGUGGUCAGUUGUAGUGGUGACAGGGAUGUGGUUAUACUGUGGUCAGUUGUAGUGGGGGACAGGGAUGUGGUUAUACUGUGGUCAGUUGUAGUGGUGACAGGGAUGUGGUUAUACUGUUGGUCAGUUGUAGUGGUGACAGGGAUGUGGUUAUACUGUGGUCAGUUGUAGUGGUGACAGGGAUGUGGUUAUACUGUGGUCAGUUGUAGUGGUGACAGGGAUGUGGUUAUACUGUGGUCAGUUGUAGUGGUGACAGGGAUGUGGUUAUACUGUGGUCAGUUGUAGUGGUGACAGGGAUGUGGUUAUACUGUGGUCAGUUGUAGUGGUGACAGGGAUGUGGUUAUACUGUGGUCAGUUGUAGUGGUGACAGGGAUGUGGUUAUACUGUGGUCAGUUGUAGUGGUGACAGGGAUGUGGUUAUACUGUGGUCAGUUGUAGUGGUGACAGGGAUGUGGUUAUACUGUGGUCAGUUGUAGUGGUGACAGGGAUGUGGUUCCCCUUUAGUUUUUACAAUGUAGAGAUGUGAUAAGCAAAAACUUAGAAUCUUGGAAAAAAUAGAAUGUUAUUUUGCUGGGAAUCGCGUCAUCUCCCUCCCUCCUUCCAGACGGCGGAUGUGGGGAUGACCGAGAUGUCUGGGGACAACGGUCUUCGUUUCGAGGUGUGGUUCAGACGCAGGACCAGUAAGAACCAGACGUACGUUCUGCAGGCCUCCAACACAGACAUCAAACAUGCCUGGACCUCCAACAUCGCACGUAUCCUCUGGCAGCAGGCUACACGGAAUAAAGGUAGGGAGGGAGGGGGGGAGGGAAGGAGGGGGGAGGGAGGGAGGGGGGAGGGAGAGAGGGGGGGAGGGAGAGAGAGAGAGAGGGAGGACCGCCCACCCAUGGCAAUAAAACCCUUAAAUUGAAUUGAGAGAGAGAAUACCAAGAGCAUAACAGUGGAUAAAAGUUUUAUCUGUGUCUGUCUGGGUUGGCUCAGUGUGGUUAAUUCAUCUCUGUGUUACUAUCUGUGUCUGUCUGGGUUGGCUCAGUGUGGUUAAUUCAUCUCUGUGUUACUAUCUGUGUCUGUCUGGGUUGGCUCAGUGUGGUUAAUUCAUCUCUGUGUUACUAUCGACUGUCUGUCUGGGUUGGCUCAGUGUGGUUAAUUCAUCUUUGUGUUACUAUCUGUGUCUGUCUGGGUUGGCUCAGUGUGGUUAAUUCAUCUCUGUGUUACUAUCUGUGUCUUAUACUUGUGUUACAUCUGUUGUCGGGUUGGCUCAGUGUGUAAUUAUCCUGUGUGGUCAGGAUCCUAAUCAGGGUGGUUCCUGGGAGUGGUAACAAUUGCCGUUGAUAUCAUUAAACCUCGUGUUCUGCCACAGGUGGUUAGACUUACUCUGAGGGCGAUUACUAACCGUCGUUCGGUUCUCCAGGUGCGAACCACGCUACAUUCUGUCCGUUUGAGUAAUCCACCUUAUAAGUACAGUCUAGGGGGUUCUGGACGUCUUGCCUGCUGCGCGGGUUCCUGAUCUCCUGGGCCUCAACCUGCCUGUUCAGGCCAGGGAUCAGCUCCUGUGCCCGAGAGCCUAUCACGCCAUUAGGGUAGGGGAGUGGAGCGAGAACAGCAGCCCUCCAUGUACAUAAGUGAUCUGCCAUACAUACAGGGAUAGACCCUCCAUGAGUACAUACAAAGACACCUCUGCUACAUGUUAUGCCCAGCCCUCAUGUACUACAUUAGAAUCAUCUCAUGAUACUACUGUAGCAGCCCCUCAUGAUACAUACUAUUAGAUAUCCCUCCAUGAGUUACAACUAUAUAGAUCAUCCCGUCCAUGAUACAUACUGUAUAGAUCAUCCCUCCUGACUCAUACUGUAUAGAUCAUCCUCCAUGACUACAUUCUGUCAGAUCACCCCUCCUGAGUACAUACGUGUAUGGAUCUCCCUCCUGAUACAUACGUUAUAGAUCAUCCCCUCCAUGAGUACAUACUGAUAGAUCAUCCCUCCAGUGACUACAUACUGUUAUAGAUCAUCCCUCUGACUUGACUACAUACAUGUAUAGAUCACCCUCCAUGGUACAUACUUAUGAUCAUCCCUCCAUGAGUACAUACUGUAUAGAUCAUCCCUCCAUGACUACAUACUGUAUAGAUCAUCCCUCCAUGAUACAUACUGUAUAGAUCAUCCCUCCAUGAUACAUACUUAUAGAUCAUGCCCUCCAUGAUACAUACUUAUAGAUCACCUCCAUGAGCUACAUACUGUAUAGAUCAUCCCUCCAUGUACAUUACUUAUAGAUCAGCCCUCCAUGACUACAUACUUAUAGAUACAUCCCUCCAUGACUACAUACUGUAUAGAUCAUCCCUCCAUGAGUACAUACUUAUAGAUCAUCCCUCCAUGAGUACAUACUAUAUAGAUCAGUCCCUCCUCUCCUACUGUAUGAUCACCCAUGACUACUGUAUAGAUCAUCCCUCCAUGAGUACAUACUGUAUAGAUCAGCCCUCCAUGACUACAUACUAUAUAGAUCAUCCCUCCAUGACUACAUACUGUAUAGAUCAUCCCUCCAUGACUACAUACUGUAUAGAUCAUCCCUCCAUGACUACAUACUAUAUAGAUCAUCCCUCCAUGACUACAUACUAUAUAGAUCAUCCCUCCAAUGACUACAUACUGUAUAGAUCAUCCCUCCAUGACUACAUACUAUAUAGAUCAAUACCUCCCUACUCAUACUAACACCCUCAUGAUACAUACUAUAUAGAUCAUCCCUCCAUGACGUACAUACUUAUAGAUCAUCCCUCCAUGAGUACAUACUAUAUAGCAUCAUCCCUCCAUGACUAAUACUGUAUAGAUCAUCCCUCCAUGAGGACAUACUAUAAUAGAUCAUCCCUCCAUGACUACAUACUUAUAGAUCAUCCCUCCAUGAGUACAUACUAUAUAGAUCAUCCCUCCAUGACUACAUACUGUAUAGAUCAUCCUCCAUGACUACAUACGUAUAUAGAUCAUCCCUCCAUGAGGACAUCACUGAUAGAUCAUCCCUCCAUGAGUCAACUAUAUGAUCAGAUCAUCCUCCAUGACUACAUACUGAUAGAUCAUCCCUCCAUGAGAAUACUAUAUAGAUCAUCCCUCCAUGACUACCAUACUGUAUAGAUCAUCCCUCCAUGAACAUACGUAUAGAUCAGUCAUCCCUCCAUGACUACAUACUUAUAGAUCAUCCCUCCAUGAUACAUACUUAAUAGAUCACCCUCCAUGAGCAUACAUAGAUCAUCCCCAUGAACAUACAUACUGUAUAUCGAUAAUCCCUCCAUGAGUACAUACUAUAGUAUCCCUCAUGACUACAUAUAAUCAUCCCUCCAUGACUACAUACUGUAUAGAUCAUCCCUCCAUGAUGACAUACUGUAUAGAUCAUCCCUCCAUGACUACAUACUGAUAUAGAUCAUCCCUCCAUGAGUACAUACUUAUAGAUCAUCCCUCCAUGAGUACAUACUAUAUAGAUCAUCCCUCCAUGAUACAUACGUAUAGAUCAGCCCUCCAUGAUACAUACUUAUAGAUCAUCCCUCCAUGACUACAUACUGUAUAGAUCAGCCCUCCAUGACUACAUACUGUAUAGAUCAUCCCUCCAUGACUACAUACUGUAUAGAUCAUCCCUCCAUGAGUACAUACUGUAUAGAUCAUCCCUCCAUGACUACAUACUAUAUAGAUAAUCAUCCCUCCAUGACUACAUACUGAUAUAGAUCAUCCCUCCAUGACUACAUACUGUAUAGAUCAGCCCUCCAUGACUACAUACUGUAUAGAUCAGAUCAUCCCUCCAUGACUACAUACUGUAUAGAUCAUCCCUCCAUGAGUACAUACUGUAUAGAUCAUCCCUCCAUGACUACAUACUGUAUAGAUCAUCCCUCCAUGACUACAUACUGUAUAGAUCAGAUCAUCCCUCCAUGACUACAUACUGUAUAGAUCAUCCCUCCAUGACUACAUACUGUAUAGAUCAGCCCUCCAUGACUACAUACUGUAUAGAUCAGAUCAUCCCUCCAUGACUACAUACUGUAUAGAUCAUCCCUCCAUGACUACAUACUGUAUAGAUCAGCCCUCCAUGAGUACAUACUGUAUAGAUCAUCCCCUCCAUGACUACAUACUGUAUAGAUCAUCCCUCCAUGACUACAUCUACUGUAUAGAUCAUCCCUCAUGACUACUAUGUAUAGAUCAUCCCUCAUGACCAUACUGUAUAGAUCACCCUCCAUGACUACAUACUGUAUAGAUCAAUCCAUCCUCAAUGACUACAUACUGUAUAGAUCAUCCCUCCAUGACUACAUACUGUAUAGAUCAUCCCUCCAUGACUACAUACUGUAUAGAUCAUCCCUCCAUGACUACAUACUGUAUAGAUCUCAUCCCUCCAUGACUACAUACUGUAUAGAUCAUCCCUCCAUGAGUACAUACUAUAUAGAUCAUCCCUCCAUGACUACAUACUUAUAGACAUCCCUCCAUGGACUACAUACUGUAUAGAUCAUCCCUCCAUGACACAUACUGAUUAGAUCAUCCCUCCUGACUCAAUUUAGCUACAUGAGGUACAUACUAUCCGAUACUACUGUAUAGAUCAUCCCUCCAUGACUACAUACUAUAUAGAUCAUCCCUCCAUGACUACAUACUGUAUAGAUCAUCCCUCCAUGACUACAUACUGUAUAGAUCAUCCCUCCAUGAGUACAUACUGUAUAGAUCAUCCCUCCAUGACUACAUACUGUAUAGAUCAUCCCUCCAUGACUACAUACUGUAUAGAUCAUCCCUCCAUGACUACAUACUGUAUAGAUCAUCCCUCCAUGACUACAUACUGUAUAGAUCAUCCCUCCAUGACUACAUACUGUAUAGAUCAUCCCUCCAUGACUACAUACUGUAUAGACACCCUCCAUGAACUACAUGCUCCCUCCAGACAGUAUAUCACCUAUACUACACUUCUGUCUCAGGACCAUGAUCAUCAGGUAGUACUACCCAUGCCUGAUCUCACGGAAGAUAUCCCUCCAUGUACAUAAUAUCAGCCCUUCCAGACAUAUUAUAUCAGGCCCUCCAGACUACAACAAGCAUCCUUCUCAGGACAGUAAAAUCAGGGUUAUGACUACCAGCCUGUAUAGGACAGUAUAUCAGGGUAGUACUACACAGCCUGUUCAGACUAUAUCAGGUAGUACUACACAGCCUGUCUCAGGACAUAUAUCAGUGGUAGUACUACACAGCCUGUCUCAGGACAGUAUAUCAGGGUAGUACUACACAGCCUGUCUCAGGACAGUAUAUCAGGGUAGUACUACACAGCCUGUCUCAGGACAGUAUAUCAGGUAGUACUACACAGCCUGUCUCAGGACAGUAUAUCAGGGUAGUACUACACAGCCUGUCUCAGGACAGUAUAUCAGGGUAGUAUACACAGCCUGUCUCAGGACAGUAUAUCAGGGUAGUGCUACACAGCCUGUUCAGGACAGUAUAUCAGGGUAGUACUACACAGCCUGUCUCAGGACAGUAUAUCAGGGUAGUACUACAAGCCUGUCUCAGGACAGUAUAUCAGGGUAGUACUACAAGCCUGUCUCAGGACAGAUAUCAGGGUAGUACUACACAGCCUGUCUCAGGACAGUAUAUCAGGGUAGUACUACACAGCCUGUCUAGGACAGUAUAUCAGGGGUAGUACUACACAGCCUGUCUAGGACAGUAUAUCAGGGUUUAGGCUUACACAGCCUGUCUCAGGACAGUAUAUCAGGGUAGUACUACACAGCCUGUCUCAGGACAGUAUAUCAGGGUAGUACUACACAGCAUGUCUCAGGACAGUAUAUCAGGGUAGUACUACACAGCCUGUCAGGACAGUAUAUCAGGGUUAGUACUACACAGCCUGUCUCAGGACAGUAUAUCAGGGUUAGUACUACACAGCCUGUUCAGGACAGUAUAUCAGGGUAGUACUACACAGCCUGUCUCAGGACAGUAUAUCAGGGUAGUCUACACAGCCGUCUCAGGACAGUAUAUCAGGGUAGUACUACACAGCCUGUCUCAGGACAGUAUAUCAGGGUAGUACUACACAGCCUGUCAGGACAGUAUAUCAGGGUAGUACUACACGCCUGUCUCAGGACAGUAUAUCAGGGUAGUACUACACAGCCUGUCUCAGGACAGUAUAUCAGGGUAGUAUACACAGCCUGUCUCAGGACAGUAUAUCAGGGUAGUACUACACAGCCUGUCUCAGGACAGUAUAUCAGGGUAGUGCUACACAGCCUGUCUCAGGACAGUAUAUCAGGGUAGUGCUACACAGCCUGUCUCAGGACAGUAUAUCAGGGUAGUACUACACAGCCUGUCAGGACAGUAUAUCAGGGUAGUACUACACAGCCUGUCUCAGGACAGUAUAUCAGUGGUUAGCCUGUUCAGGACAGUAUAUCAGGGUAGUACUACACAGCCUGUCUCAGGACAGUAUAUCAGGGUAGUACUACACAGCAUGUCUCAGGACAGUAUAUCAGGGUAGUACUACACAGCCUGUCUCAGGACAGUAUAUCAGGGUAGUACUACACAGCCUGUCUCAGGACAGUAUAUCAGGGUAGCCUGUCUCAGGACAGUAUAUCAGGGUAGUACUACACAGCCUGUCUCAGGACAGUAUAUCAGGUAGUACUACACAGCCAUGUCUCAGGACAGUAUAUCAGGGUAGUACUACACAGCCUGUCUCAGGACAGUAUAUCAGGGUGUAUACUACACAGCCUGUCUCAGGACAGUAUAUCAGGGUAUAGCCGUUCAGGACAGUAUAUCAGGGUAGUACUACACAGCCUGUCUCAGGACAGUAUAUCAGGGUAGUACUACACAGCCUGUCUCAGGACAGUAUAUCAGGGUAGUACUACACAGCCUGUCUCAGGACAGUAUAUCAGGGUAGUACUACACAGCCUGUCUCAGGACAGUAUAUCAGGGUUAGUACUACACAGCCUGUCUCAGGACAGUAUAUCAGGGUAGUACUACCAGCCUGUCUCAGGACAGUAUAUCAGGGUAGUACUACACAGCCUGUCUCAGGACAGUAUAUCAGGGUAGUACUACACAGCCUGUCUCAGGACAGUAUAUCAGGGUAGCCUGUCUCAGGACAGUAUAUCAGGGUAGUACUACACAGCCUGUCUCAGGACAGUAUAUCAGGGUAGCCUGUCUCAGGACAGUAUAUCAGGGUAGUACUACACAGCCUGUCUCAGGACAGUAUAUCAGGGUAGUACUACACAGCCUGUCUCAGGACAGUAUAUCAGGGUAGUACUACACAGCCUGUCUCAGGACAGUAUAUCAGGGUAGUACUACACUAGCAGCUUAGAUCAUCAAGAAAGGUCACAACUGUCCCUCAAUCGCAUGGUACUGUUUUUUUUAUUGGUCCAUCCACCACGCCCCCUCUUCGGAGGACAAAAUAACUUUGUUUUGACAGCUUUUUAUUUUCUUGUUGCAUGUACAUUCUACACACAUUUUACAUACAUGGCAUUUUUUUUUCACAGUAGUUACAUAACAAGAAUAUAGUUAUUUGAUAUACACUACCAGUCAAAAGUUUGGACACACCUACUCAUUCAAGGGUUUUUCUUUAUUUUUGCUAUUUUUUACAUUGUAGAAUAAUAGUGAAGACAACAAAACUAUGAUAUAACACAUAUGGAAUCAUGUAGUAACCAAAACAGUGUUAAACAAAUCAAAAUAUAUUUUAUAUUUGAGAUUCUUCAAAUAGCCAAGAGUGUGCAAAGCUGUCAUCAAGGCAAAGGGUGGCUAUUUGAAGAAUCUCAAAUAUAACAUAUAUUUUGAUUUGUUUAACACUUUUUUGGUUACUACAUGAUUCCAUAUGUGUUAUUUCAUAGUUUUGAUGUCUUCACUAUUAUUCUACAAUGUAGAAAAUAGUAAAAAUAAAGAAAAACCCUUAGAGUAGGUGUGUCCAAGCUUUUGACUGGUACUGUACAUAUCUGGAUAGACAGUACUUAAACACAUACGGUAUACAUUAUAUAUCUUGUUUUCAGUCAUAACUAUUAUAGAACAUGAGCUUUUAAACCCCACCCCUCAGCUACUCUCUGUCCAUCCCACCUAUCUUCUUAACCCCACCCCUCAGCUACUCUGUCCAUCCCACUGUUAAGUGAAUUAUUUAACAAACUAUUUUAGUGUCUCUGUGCGUCUCCCAAAAGGUUGUAAGUCUUUUGGGAUUUAAGUAACGGCCAGAGUCCCGGUCUGCAUAGUCAGAGAUAUUUAUUCAUUGAGAAUUCUGCCAUCACAAUUUCAGAGUCCAUCUUUAUACUCAUACGUCAUACAAAAAGAAAUCCCUUCCCCUCUGUAGGCGGGCUGUAGUUUUCCACUCUAAACUGCUCUACUGACCUUCAGUUCACACACACACACACACUAUACACACAUGCAUAACACAUACAUACACACACACACACACAUAUCCUACUCCCUGCUUUACUCAGUUAUUGCCGUUCUCACAAUAUUCUGCACCAUGUUUUCAUAACAGUUUCUCCCCUCCCUAAAUUGGGAGGCCUCUUUAUCUUAGUUUCCCAGUUGUCUGUAGCCAGUUCUCCUUGUCCUUUGUUGUCUGGUCUAACUCCUACUCACAUUGCUAAAUAGUGGCUCAAUGCCAUAGCCUUUACUGGUCCUACACUCACACAUUUCUAACACAUUAUACACAGUUUCAGGGUGUAAUAAUUAGUCAUUAAUAAUUAAUCUAUCACCCACCCCACCCCUCAGCUACUCUGUCCAUCCCACCUAUCACCUAAACCCCACCCCUCAGCUACUCUGUCCAUCCCACCUAUCACCUAAACCCCACCCCUCAGCUACUCUGUCCAUCCCACCUAUCACCUAAACCCCACCCCUCAGCUACUCUGUCCAUCCCACCUAUCACCUAAACCCCACCCCUCAGCUACUCUGUCCAUCCCACCUAUCACCUAAACCCCACCCCUCAGCUACUCUGUCCAUCCCACCUAUCACCUAAACCCCACCCCUCAGCUACUCUGUCCAUCCCACCUAUCACCUAAACCCCACCCCUCAGCUACUCUGUCCAUCCCACCUAUCACCUAAACCCCACCCCUCAGCUACUCUGUCCAUCCCACCUAUUACCUAAACCCCACCCCUCAGCUACUCUGUCCAUCCCACCUAUCACCUAAACCCCACCCUCAGCUACUCUGUCCAUCCCACCUAUCCUAAACCUCAAACCCCACCCCUCAGCUACUCUGUCCAUCCCACCUAUCACCUAAACCCACCCCUCAGCUACUCUGUCCAUCCCACCUAUCACCUAAACCCCACCCCUCAGCUACUCUGUCCAUCCCACCUACAACCUAAACCCCACCCCUCAGCUACUCUGUCCAUCCCACCUAUUCACCUAAACCCCACCCUCAGCUACUCUGUCCAUCCCACCUAUCACCUAAACCCCACCCUCAGCUACUCUGUCCAUCCACCUAUCACCUAAACCCCACCCCUCACUAUCUCUGUCCAUCCCACUAUCACAUAACCCCACCCCUCAGCUACUGUCCAUCCCACCUAUUCACCUAAACCCCACCCCUCAGCUACUCUGUCCAUCCACUAUCACCUAAACCCCUAUUCAGCAUAUUUUCUAUUUUAUUUCACCUUAACCCAACCAAACCUCAGCUACUCUGUAUUUCCACCUGUCACCAAAGCCCAUCUAUCAGUAAUGAUCAACUCCUAUCCUCUCUCUCUCUCUCCCCACAGCUACUGAGAGCUCUGGCUCGUCGUCCCACUGUCUGUCCGCCAGCGGCUCCAGUGGUUCAGACAGUGGCUGUGUGUCCAGCCACCUCCCUGAGGCCUGUCUAUCUGAGGAUCCCUCGUUCCCCUGCCACCCCCCGUCCUCCUGCUACCCGUCCUCCGACGCCGUCACCUCCCCCAGCCUCCCCCAAGACGAGCCCCGCUACAGCAACAGACAGUACAUUUCAGCCGUAAGUGGACAUAAUGGUUAUGGAUGGUUUAUCGGCUCGUUGAUACCUGGUAGCAGUUUAUACGCAGACACAGUGGCUAUGGAAGCAGUGGCCUUAGUCCUGGAGAGAUGCAGGGUUUUCUCCAGCCCUACAACACCAGUUCUCAGUGUGGUGUUUUCAGAGGGCUGCUUUGGACUAACAUGUACACAAUGCUGGUAUGAUUUGUGAUAUGUUACGAUCCAUGCCAUAUGCAGUCAUGGAAGAAUGGUUGAUCAUGUCUCUAAUCGAAUGUGAUAUACUAUUGAUUAAUGUUAACAAUAAUUAAUUGAUUGAUUAAACAUCUCCUGUAUGAGCUUGGCUUUGUGCAAACCCCGCUGACAUGAUCAAUAACCUCGCUGACAUGAGCAAUGCUUGUAACAUUCCUCUAAUCAGAAUAACACAUCUGUAACCCUGGCCUCCCUCCCUCCCUUCCCUCCCUCCUCUCUCUCUCUCUCUCCUCCUCUCUCUCUCUCUCUCUCGUCUCUCUCCCUCCCUCCCUCCCUCCCUCCCUCCCUCCCUCCCUCCCUCCCUCCCUCCGUCCCUCUCUCCUCUCUCCCUCCCUCCCUCCCUCCCCCCACCCCUCUCCCACCCUCCCUUUCGCACUCCUCUCUCUCUCUCCUUCCCUCCCUCCCUCUCUCCCUCCUCUCUCCUCCUCUCUCUCUCUCCCUCUCUCCCUCCCUCUCCUCCCCCCUCCAUCCCUCUCUCCUCCCUCUUCUCUCUCCCUCCCUCCCUCCCUCCCUCCAUCUACAGAAAGUAGCUCAGAUCAUAGGCCCUUCCACUAUAGUGUGAUUCCUGACUGGAACCCUGCUUGGAGUAAGUGGAGCAACGCUUUUCAUGUCACACUCAAAUCAAAACACAGUCUCUAAACAAUGCUAUCUAAAACAAUGCCCAGGGCCUGUAUUCACAAAGCGUUUCAGAGUAGGAGUGUUGAACUAGGAUCAGGCCUUGUAGUCUUAUUCAUUAUGAUCUAAAAGGGAAAGCUGAUCCUAGAUCAGCACUCCUACUGAGAUGCUAUGUGAAUAUGGACCCUGGGCUAAGAGCUGUGCUAGUCUGUAUUUCUCCAAGCUGCUGCUGUUUAUGGCAUAGCCUGGGUACCAGCCUCUUUGUGCUAACAUUCAACCCCUUGUCAUGCCAAACACAUGACACAGAGUACAAGGAGUGGAAUGUUAGCACAAAACAGGUCUGGAUUUCAGGCUAGCUGUGGUGUUUUCAUUGGAAGUAUUGGUGCUGUAGUAUCUCUGUAGUAACUCUAGUAUCUCUGUAGUAUCUCUGUAGUAACUCUAGUAUCUCUGUAGUAACUCUGUAGUAUCUCUGUAGUAACUCUAGUAUCUCUGUAGUAACUCUGUAGUAACUCUGUAGUAACUCUAGUAUCUCUGUAGUAACUCUGUAGUAACUCUGUAGUAACUCUGUAGUAUCUCUGUAGUAACUCUGUAGUAUCUCUGUAGUAUCUCUGUAGUAUCUCUAGUAUCUCUGUAGUAACUCUGUAGUAACUCUAGUAUCUCUGUAGUAACUCUGUAGUAUCUCUGUAGUAUCUAUGUAGUAACUCUGUAGUAUCUCUGUAGUAUCUCUGUAGUAACUCUGUAGUAACUCUGUAGUAUCUCUGUAGUAACUCUGUAGUAACUCUGUAGUAUCUCUGUAGUAACUCUGUAGUAUCUCUGUAGUAACUCUAGUAUCUCUGUAGUAUCUCUGUAGUAUCUCUGUAGUAACUCUGUAGUAACUCUGUUCUCUGGUCUCUCUACAGGUCUAA